UCUUAGAAUAAGUUUGUACCUGAAAGGGGAAACAGUCAGUUCGUGCACAAUUUAGGUCGGAAAACGGUAACACAGAAUCACGCAGCAAUGACGGGUAGCGAAAUGCUGACCGCAGCACUCGAGGACGAUUCCACGGAGGGACAACCAAAGCGAGUCCCCCUGGAGCGUUCCGUGUCAGAUUAUAGUGAACGAGAUGUGCAGUGCGGGUUUUGGAUCUGUCGAGGAAAGUUCUGGCAACAACUAGCCAGUAAAAAGCUUUACGUGCUUCUUUUUGGUAUCGUGGGGUGUCUAUUCGGUUCAACCACAUCCUAUUUCUACGGAACUCUCACUACCGUGGAGAAAAGUAUUCAGAUCUCUUCGAAAAAUGCGGGAAUUAUUAUGGCUGGUUCCGAUCUUUCGUUCGUGCUGUCCUCACUGUUCCUGUCGUAUUACGCGUCUAACAGACGGAAACCGCUGUGGAUCGCGUUGGGAAUCACUAGUAUGGGAUUAUCGUGUUUCGUAAAUGCUCUUCCACAUUUUUUCUACGGACCAAAACUGGAGGAUCUCAUGCAGAUUGUGACUAAUAUAACCGAUACGAGCAAGAAUGAUAAUCUGUGCAACGAACUUCGGCCCCCUCCCGAUUGCUCGUCGGAUAUUGGGAAUCUCAAACCGCAGAUGCUUCUCUUUUUGGGUAGCUUUCUGUCUGGUCUAGGUACCUCUUUGUAUUUUACCCUGGGGUUAACUUAUUUGGAUGACAAUGUGCGCAAGGAGAAGGUUCCUUUCCUAUCCAGUUUGUCGGCCUUCGGGCGGCGACUCGGUCCGAUGGUGGGUUUCUCACUAGCCUCGUUGUGUUUGAAGUUUUUCGUUUUUCCCACCGUUGAUCCUGGUUAUGGCACGACGGAUCCCCGCUGGAUCGGUGCUUGGUGGAGCGGUUGGAUGGCACUCGGAACAACACUGCUGGUGGUGGCUCCCAUCUUCGCCGGCUUUCCAAAAAUGCUUCCCCGAGCAGCCGAACGCAAAUCACUCUCUCGACAGGCCAGUCGCAUGAGCGGUGCGGCAGUGGAGGAAGAAGAACAGCCCCAGGCUUCAAUUGGGGAUCUGCUUGUUACCUUGAAACGGCUCAUUACCAAUAAAGCUUACAUAUUCAACAACACAGCCAGCAUAUUCUACUUCUUCGGAUAUAUGCCGUACUUUCUGUUCCAAGCUAAGUACAUCGAGAUUCAGUAUCGUUUAACGCCUUCGCAAGCGAACAUGGUCACAGGUUCCGCGUCGUUGGUGUUCUCCGCACUAGGAAUUCUCAUCGCAGGCGCUGUUAUUCAGAAAGUGAAACCAACCUCACGGCACCUGGCAGCGUGGAACAUUUUCACCAGCAUAUGCUCGGCCGGUGGAAUCUUCCUGUACUCUUUUCUGGGUUGUAAUGCACUAAAUAAUGCUUCCAUAGUCAGCAACUCGCAAGGAGCCACGUGCAGCGUAGGUUGUAAUUGUGACUUCGUCAAGUAUGCACCAAUUUGCGGCAGCGACGGGAACACGUACCUUUCACCAUGCCACGCCGGUUGUAAGGAUCAGUUCAAACAGCCCAAUGGAACGAUUUUUUACAGCAGCUGCUCCUGCAUCCAGAACCCUCUAAAUAUGUCGUAUGCCUCAUUCCAAACAAAUCCAUUUAAUGAUUCCACAGGAUCAAAUUCGGAGUCCUUUGGAACAGCAAUCUCUGGAAGCUGUCCGGUGGAUUGUAUGACUCCCUUCUAUCUGUUCCUGUUGGUCAUGUGCAUUACCAAGUUCAUCAGUGGAACAGAAUCGGCGGCAAAUUUCCUGAUCGGCUUACGUUGCGUUGAACCACGGGAUAAGGCGAUUUCGAUGGGAUUUUCAAUGGCGAUAAAUACGCUGUUCUCCUUCCUGCCGGCUCCGAUCGUGUUCGGUAUGAUCAUCGACAAGACCUGUGUGCUGUGGGGACGAACCUGCUCGAAACAGGGCAACUGCUGGCUGUACGACGGACUGGCGCUGCGUUCGUCUAUGAACCACACCGCGGCCGUUUUCGUGAUCAUAGGAACGUUUUUCGAUUUGGGUACCUGGUGGUACUCGAAAAACUUCCGGAUAUUUGACGAGGAAGAGAAACAAGUGUCGGAAAAAGGGAACGCUGCUGAAGAUCCGCUGGAUCCGUACAGUAGAAGCGGCAAGGAACAAAAAGAACUGGUUGUGUUGAUUAAAGAGCAAAAAGAGUGA